UUGACGUUACAAAAGCCAUACAAUAAUCAACAAGACAAAAUUCAAUAACUUCUGAAAACUCUCUCUUUCUCUCUGAUCAUACGCAAGUUUCCGUUCAAGCGAUCGGAUUCAUUCGACCGUGGAGACGCCCGCAGCUUUAAGUUACAGGCAAACAGGUCAAGCAGCUGCCCGACGGAGGAAAUCGCGGAUUAUUCCAUCCCGAGAUUUCCCGGUGGUAAAGCAAUUCUUUCUCUAAAUCAUUUUUUGGGUUUUCUAAUUACUGUUGAUCAGAUCUGGUAAUGUUCGAUCUUGGGGAAGAGGGUCUCCUAACGGGGUUGGAUUGGGUUUAAAUUUCACAUUUUAUUGAUUGAGAAAUAUCUAAGGGGGUGUGUCUGCCGCUAAUGCAUGGGAUGGACGAGAGGUUGAGAUCCGGUGGAUGUUUAGUGAAGAAGAAGAAUUCUUCAGGAUGCUUGAUCAUCAAGAAGAAAGGGGACGGGUCUUCUUCAGGACAGAAGAGAUUCCUAGAGCCAAGCAAGGAGAAGAAGAAUUCAUAUCCUGUUCUGAGUGAUUCUGAGUCGAGUGAUGAGUUUAUAGAGGAGCAUUACCAUAGUAGAGUUUCUUCUUCCCACGAUAAAUUUCGCAAUGGUUCAGUCCUGCAUAGCAAUAGUUUCACAGAAGACAACGAUUUUAGGUGGAGCAGCGGCGGUGUGACAGAAAGUGAACGGAAGAGAAAGCAUAAAGUGUUUGAUUUCGAUGAAUAUGACAGGAUUAACACAAAAAAGACAAGGAAAGACCACAACAUUCAUAGUAGGUUUAGGCUUCCAGGAAAUGAAGCGGAGUCCAGUAAAUAUUCCAUGGAAGAUAAGAGGGAGAGGUCCUACUUUAAUGGCGAGAGACAGAAGUUUCGCAUGCAUUCUGAAGAGGCAAUCAGGUUGCAGGGUAAAAAUGGUGUUUUGAAAGUGAUGGUGAACAGGAAUAAUAAGAUGGAUCUUCCUAAUAGAAGCUACAAUUUGUUACCAUGUGAUAAUGGACGGAGGGGAUCCAAUUUUCGAGAUGCUAUCAACAUGUCAAAUGGACCUUCUCUUUACAAGGAUUCUAGGAGUCCUGAAAAAGUUCAUUUGAUUAAGAAAGAAAAGAAACUUCUUAAAUUGCAGGAAUCUAAGAUAACCAAGAGAACAAUCGGAGAGAACAAUAUAUCAUUGAAGUUGGGAUCGAAAGGCUUACCAAAGAGUGAAGGGAAUGCUUUAACCUCGGAAAAGAGUCAACCACCAAGUGGAGGUGGUAAAACUAAACGAGGUACCGGCACAGAGAAACAAUUAUUGCGUGUGAAGAUAAGGCAAAUGCUUGUUGAAGCUGGCUGGACAAUUGAUUAUAGGCCAAGAAAGAACAGAGACUAUUUAGAUGCUGUUUAUAUUAAUCCUUCUGGAACAGCUUACUGGUCUAUUAUCAAGGCAUAUGAUGCACUUCAAAAACAACUUGAGGAAGAUAACAUUAAGGUAAAACAAACUGGAAAAACCUCUGGUUUUGCUCCUUUACCUGAAGAAUUACUCAACAAAUUAACUAGGCAAACACGAAAGAAGAUGGAAAAAGAGUUGAAGAUGAAAAGGAAAUACGAUGACGGGCAUGAAAAGAAAGCUGAAGAAGAAGAGUCUGCAGAGGACACAGACGAUGAUAAAGUGGUGGAAAAGUGUAGACAGUUCAAGAAAAAACAUGGGAAAGACUCAGAAACUAACUUAUAUGUAAGUGGAGACGACUCAAGUGAUGUCCUCUAUAAGAAUUCUAAUGCUGAUGGUACUCAUGGAAGAAAAGGUCAUAAAAUUGGCAGGCGUACUUUGUUGGUCCGUGGUUCAAAUAAGGGGGUGGUAAAUUCAGAAACUGAUGACUACAUACCUUAUGCAGGAAAAAGAACCUUAUUAUCAUGGCUAAUUGACUCAGAAACUGUGCAUUUAAGUGAAAAGGUGCAAUAUGUGAACAGAAAACGAACAAAGCCAAUGCUGGAAGGUUGGAUCACAAGAGAUGGUAUACAUUGUGGUUGUUGUAGCAAAAUCCUUUCUGUUUCCAAGUUUGAGAUUCAUGCUGGAAGCAAACUGCGUCAACCUUUUCAAAACAUGUUUCUGGAUUCUGGAAUUUCACUUUUGCAAUGUCAAGUAGAUGCAUGGAACAAACAAGAGGAGACUGAGCGUUGUGGUUUCUACAAGGUUGAUACAAACGGUGAUGAUCCAAAUGAUGAUACAUGUGGCCUUUGUGGGGACGGUGGGGAUUUAAUAUGCUGUGAUGGUUGCCCGUCCACAUUUCACCAGAAUUGCUUGGGAAUAAAGAUUCUUCCUGCAGGUGAUUGGCAUUGUCAAACUUGCACAUGCAAAUAUUGUGGGGUAGCUGACGAUAUUUUGGUUCAAGCAAAUGGAUCAUCCUCGAGACAGAAACCUCUAAUAUGCAGUCUGUGCGAGAAAAAAUGUCAUGCCUCAUGCGCUGAACUAGUGAAUAAUACUUUAGAUGUGGAUUCCAACACUGAAUCGGAAACUUCCUUCUGCAGUCAGAAGUGUGGAGAGCUCUUUGACCAUUUGCAGAAGCUUGUUGGCAAGCAUGAGCUAGAAGGAGGAUUCUCAUGGUCUCUGAUCCAUAGAUCAGAUUUGGACACAGAUACUUCACAGAGUAGUUUCCCACAGAAAGUUGAAAACAAUUCGAAACUAGCAGUUGCACUCUCUGUUCUGGAUGAGUGCUUUUUGCCCGUUUUUGACAGAAGGAGCGGCUGCAAUAUGAUUCACAAUGCUGUUUAUAAUUGUGGUUCAAAUUUCAGCCGUCUAAACUACAGUGGCUUCUAUACUGCCAUCUUGGAGAAGGGUGAUGAAAUCAUUGCAGCUGCAUCAUUGAGGAUCCAUGGGACUCAACUAGCUGAAAUGCCAUUUAUUGGGACAAGACAGAUUUAUAGAAGGCAAGGAAUGUGCCGGAGGCUCUUAAACGCUAUUGAAUCGGUCCUCCGGUUUCUCGAUGUUCAGAAAUUGGUUAUUCCUGCCAUUGCCGAGUAUACCCAUACUUGGGCAGUUAUUUUUGGUUUCAGUCCACUUGAAGAAUCUUACAAACGCGAGAUGAGGUCCUUGAGCAUGUUAGUUUUUCCUGGUACAGAUAUGUUACAGAAGCCACUGCUGGAGCCAGAAACUUCCAAUCUAAAUAUAACAAUUAGCAGAGACCCUACCAGUUUGGGCGAUGAUGUUGAGAUUAAUGAUACUGCUUCAGAUUCUAACGAUGAAUUUGGAUCCACUAGAUCCUCUUCUGAAUCUAGACGCCUAGUCAUUAAGGAAGAAGAGUCUGUUCCUUUGCUUCAGCUAACUGACAAUAUUAUUGCAGGCUCAAAUUCUGCAGCAAUUGAUGUUCUCCCUAAUUCGAAGGACCCAGAUUCAAGAAAUGUUAAUGAUACAGAUUUCCAUGUUGGUGCGGAUGAUUCUUUCUCGGCUGAGUCUGAUGCUGAUGCAAACAUUGAUCAGUUAGACCCGGGUUUGAGUCUUCUAUCAACAUCUGUCAUGGAACAUAAGACCCAUAUGAAGGAUAAUGUUUUAUCUCAACCAGUGGCUGCUGAUCUUCAUUACGAGACUGAUUCUGUACCAAUUAAAGAUGUGAGGGGUGUGGAACACGAACACGAAUUAAGUAUUGAUUCUGCGGAUUUGUGGUUGGAUCUGAAUCCUCUUAAUGAAAACAACUUGCUUGCAGCUCCAAGAGCAAAUUCUUGAUGAAGAUUGAGGCAUUUUCUACAAAAAAAAACUGCAGUUUGUUUCAUCGGUGUAUGUCUCUCUGCUCUGUUGUUUAUGCACAGCUAGAAGUCAUAAACAUGGAGCUUGCUCUGAAAUGACAGAUUGAUUCCCUAGUCCCAAUCCUAUUCUAUUCAUAUGAAGAAACAGAUGGUUACAUCUGGUCCAGUAUAAGUUUCGCGAUUUUAUUCUUUUUCUUUUGUCUUCUUUUUUGGUGCUGCAGAAAUUAUUGUUUUGUUAUGUACAUUUUGAUAUUCGUUCUAUAAGUUGUAGUAUAUGUGUAUUUACCAUAAAAUAGGAGGGACGAAUUGUUGUCAAUCUUGAGUAAGACUAUCUAAUGCUGCUGAUUUUCAGCUGGAUGAAAUGAAACAAACUAGGAAAUUGGAAAUAUAUAUAUGAUAUCAGUCUAUUGAAGAAAUGAGUUA